AAGAUCUAUUCAGAUGGUAAUUGUUUAUCAUUGGAACGUAAGGUAUUUUUUACAUUUACAGUAUUAUGUGAAUGCUUAGGUCGACAAGUUAACUUGUCCGGACCAAAGUAUAUUUACAAGAUGAGUUAUGUGAAUGCUUUGUUAAAGAGAUAUGUCUUUAGUUGCAGGUUAAAUUUUUCAACGAAUUUGUGCAAUUUGCUUGUUGAUAAUAAACAUUUAAACUGUUAUCCAUUGUAUUUUAUGUUGUUGGGUAUCACAAAACAGAAUAUAAUAUGAAAAAGUACAGCGGUUUGCAAUGAUUCUCCUUUCCCCCACAACGCACUGUAUGACGUCACGCUGGGGAGUGAAUUCACCAAAGCCGCCUUGAGAGCUUUGAGAAUGACUAUAGAGAGACGAGUAAAGUACAGUUCUGAUAGCGCAGAUUAUAGAUAAAUACAUAGAUACAUAGAUAGAUAGAUAGACAGACAGACAGACGGAUAGGCUAGUAUAGAGAGAUAGGCAGACAGCCAGAUAGCAUAACGUUAGCAUAACUUUGUGUAGAAAGUAAACAAAAAUUAACAUAUCGUGCGUGCUGGCUUGAGGGGGUGGCCUGCCUAAAAUGGGUGUAUGCGAUCUUCAGCACAAACGGAUUUAGGCAGCAUGUCAAAUCCUGGAAGCUGAGUGAGGCACGUCACAUCUGUUCGCGGGGUAAGCUUCUCGACCAGCGAACGAAACACACUUUCUUACAGCCAGUAGCGGAGAGACAAUCGGGAGAGUCGGGACUUUCCUGGUGGGCCGAUCUGAUAAUAGUUAGACAUUUCAAGUUAUAUUAGCAACACUGUCUGGCGGCGUGAUGUGCGGCCAGUUCCCGCAGCCCGAUGGUCAAACUGUGCAGCAUCUCUGAUCAACAAAGUAUAUAAAAGUGCUCAACCUGUUCGGCAAGUCCGACCAUGUACAGGAUUUAUAAAAAUACGGUGAUCAAUGAGCGGUUCCUCCUCAAAUGGCAUAGCCUUUGACAUAAUUUGAUGUAAAAAGCCGCAGAACGCAUGUUUAUUACAGUAUGUAUGUGGUCGGAUCGAGUGUGCUGCAGCUGCUGACCGCAGCUUUUCCGUAUAAAAUGAUCGUGUGAUUCGUUAUGAUUGCAUAAACAAUAUAACAAAGCAUCCUUUUAUUAUAUUUGAGAUAUUAUUUGAUAGACUAGUAAGUGUGGAUUAAGGAUGUUUAAAAAUCUCUAGCCUGGUGAUCAGGACUAGCCAGACGUUGUCAUACUCAAUUCUAGUCAGAAUUUGAGUCUGAUACCGCUUCAUUGAGCUAUAAUUAUGAGGCGUGUCUCAACCGAAAAAUGCCUCUGCACUCAAUUGGAUAGACCUACGACCAAUCAGAGCAACGGAGUGUGUGACGUAUGUUGAAAUUACGUCUUUGCAGCCUGACCAAACUGCUAGUUAUUUCGCUACAAUGACACUAACAUUGUGAUUAUUCUGAGUUAGCGAAUGUACAUCAACACCUACUAUGUUUACAACAUUUCGUUUAUAUCACAACAUGAAGUAUUUACUAAGUGAUAGAGUAAGACUAUCUCUUACCAUUUGUACAUUAGGUGAACUUCAUCCACGACGAUACCCAUUACGUUGGCUUGAAAAUAUUGGAGCCUAGCAUGUCCCUCCACUUAUUCAGCAACCACGAUUCCGGGCUUCCGAAAAGAAGCUGGCAACGACCGCUAAUUAUAUCCAUCUCGUCGUGCACGCUGAGUUGCAUCGCCGUGAUAACGUUAGCCAUUUCAGUUGCGACUAACUUUUGCCGAAUAGGAAGGACAGCAAAAACAUCAACAAAUGCCCUGCUCGCGUUUCUCUGUUCCUCUUUUAAAAUCAAUGCUCUGUCGAUAUCUUUUAGAACAGACUCAAUGUCGGAAUCCACACAGCUGAACUCUACAGCGGCAGCCAUUCAACACAUGCGCUCUUUGGUGACGUGGUUCAUUACGUUACUGUUGAUUAUCUGUCCAUCAUCGUAUAAAGCCCGCCCUGACAAUUUGAUUGGUUCGACCAGCAUUUGUCCAAGCAUAGUAGCUCCUCAACGCAGAAACCCCAGACCGAUAUUCCCGUUUUCAAAAUCUUGUGGGCGGGGGUAAGAUAGGCUGGCACCCAGGCUAGAUCAGGACAUGAAUGGAUCAAAUCAGCAGAUUUGCGAAGUUUUAUUUAUCUCCACAUAUAUCAUAAAUAAUAAUUAGCAUGGUAACUUUGCAGUAUACCACAUUAUAUAUUUCCUAUGAUGUAUAUAUGAUUUCCACAUUAUAUACGUAAGUAUUAAACGGCAAUAAAUGUCUCAUCUAUCUCUAUGGCUCUGGCUGAGGCUUUCUCCACUUUGCCGAAUUACGUAAAAAAACCUGUUAAUACCAAAAACGUAAAGUGUUCUUUAAGACAAUUUUUGAGACAUUUAAAAAAUGAUAUACAUAUCUUGAGUGAUUUUUGUACCCAUUAAUCGACAGUGGUGGUUAACCUGCAACACGCCCUUUAAAUUGAUUGACUGUGUCCGUUUCUCAAACAUUUUUUGUAAAUCAUUCCAGAGAUUAGGGGCUAGGUAGGAAAAGGAUCAACCACCUUUAGACUAGGGCUGAACGAUUAAUUGCAUUUGCGAUAAAAUCGCGAUUUGACGGAACACGAUUUUCUAAUCGCAACGUGCGCGAUUUGAGGUGGUCACGUAACGCGAGCGAAAGAGCGGAGAAGACGGCUGCAUCAACUUUUCAUGCUGUCCAGCGCAAUGGCCUCUUGCUCGACGGAACAGUCAGAAACUGACACAGCUGAUACUUUAAUCGCGAAGAGGAACAGCACGUCGGUGGUAUGGAACUAUUUUGGUUUUAAAAAAGAAGAUGUUGAGCAGCGUCAGGUGUUGUGCAGAGCAUGCCGUGCUCCCAUUGCUACUUCACAGGGUAACACUACAAACCUGUUUCAGCACUUAAAAAAAUACCACAAAUCAAUGCAUGACAGUUGUAUGAUCAAAAUGCCAAGCACCAGUGCGCGAGACAAGCCAAAUACCUCAAGACAGGGAUCACUGACAGAAAUGUUCGAAAGUGUCACUCCGUAUGAACGUAAUUCAAAACGGCACGGGGAAAUCACUCUGAGAAUAACCGAGUUCAUAGCCAAAGAUAUGAUGCCUCUCAGCACGGUGACCAAGCCUGGGUUCAUGGCAUUAAUACAUACGCUUGAUAAACGUUACAGUAUACCCUCCCACACAUAUUUCAGUCAGACUGCCAUACCGGAGCUGUACAAAAAGUGCAAAGAGAAAGUUGCCGCGGAACGUAAAACGGUGGAGUUUUUUGCUAGCACUACUGAUAUGUGGUUAAGCCGCACAGCUGAGCCGUACCAAAGUCUUACAGUCCAUUUUAUUGAUGAAGAUUUCAACCUACGAGCUUGCUGCCUACAAACUAUCUACUUCCCAGACGAUCACACAGGGGAAAAUAUUGCAGCCGGCCUGAGAGAAGGGUUUGUCAGCUGGGAUCUCCACGAGGAGAAUCACGUCUGUAUCACGACGGACAACGCGUUGAAUAUGGUGCUUGCUGCGCGGCUUAAUGAAUGGACGAGGCUCCAAUGUUUUGGCCACAGAUUACAUCUUGCCAUUGAAAAUGCACUCAAAGAUGACAGAGUGUCAAGGGCAACAGGACUGUGCAGGAAGCUGGUGGGGCACUUUUCCCACAGUUGGAAGAAGAAAGCAGCCCUGACGGAGGCACAGAGAGAGCUCAAACUCCCUGAGCACAACCUCAUAACGGAGUGCCCAACAAGAUGGGGUUCUAAAGAAAUGAUGAUUGCCAGAGUGCUUGAACAGGUCAAAGCCAUUUCUCAGGUAUUGUCUGUAGAUCGAUAUGCACGCUCCCUUAUCCCAACCUGGCAGGAUAUUGACGUGUUGGAGUCGAUUCACAAGGCACUGCAUCCUCUACUGGAGUUUACUGAUGCUCUUUCUGGAGAGGAGUAUGUAAGCAUCUCCUACCUCAAGCCAGUUCUCCGACUUUUUGCCACAUCAGUCCUGGCUGAAGAUGCUGAGGACACUGACCUGACUAAAUCAAUAAAAACCAAAGUCCUAGCAUACCUCAACAACAAAUAUGGAGACCCAAACAUCCAGGAGCUUUUGGAUGUUGCCUGUUUCCUGGACCCUAGGUUCAAAAUACAGUACAUCAGUACAGACAACAUCCCUGCUAUCAAGACUCGUCUGAAGACAGAGAUGGUAGACUUGGCACAACGUACAUAUCCUUUGGAGAAGAGGUCUCGUACUGAAAAUGUUCAGAUGCCUCAAAGUGCACAGUCCUUGGGGGAAAAGCCGAAGAAGUCUCUUGGCAGUUUUUUUAAGACUAGUUCAGCCUCUCCUUCUUUGCCUGUAAGUCUUGAAGAUGUCGCAGAGGCAGAGAUAAACAAUUACCUGAUGACUCCUACCAUUGAUGGAGAAGAUGAUCCAUUGGCUUGGUGGAGGGUGCACAAGAUCAGCUACCCACAGUUGUGCACCAUGGCACGCAAGUAUCUUUGUGUACCUGCUACAAGCGCUCCCUCAGAGCGUCUUUUUAGCACAGGAGGAAAUAUUGUGACUUGCACUCGCUCAUCCUUGAAGCCAGCAAAAGUCAAUAUUCUGGUUUUCUUAGCAAAAAACCUGUGAGCCACUGAGAACAGAACUGUUGGAUAAUUAUGGCUGGCAGUGCCAUACUCGUAGUGAAAUUUAGUCUGUGUGGUGUGUUAUUGUUGUGUACUUGAGAUAAGUGAGGUUCAUCUAUAUUAUAAUAUUCAAACAGUUUAUAAAAAAUAGUUUAUUGUCUAAAUUAAAAGUGCAUUUCUCUUUUUUUAUACCUUUAUUUACUUUGAUUUUACAAAAUAUUUUCAAUGCAAAUUCCUUGUUUCAGUUGUGUGAAAUGUUACUGACUAGGGAGCAGUAAGAUACAUAAUUUUAAAUAUUUUUUUUCUUAAGACUGUACAUUUUGCACACAGUGUUUACAAAGUGCAUGUUUUUGUUUAAAUUAUUUAAAUGCACAGUGGCAAAGCCACAGAUGUUUCUGUAAUGAGCAGUUCAAUAAAAAUGUCAUUUAUUUCAAGUCAUACAUGUUUGAAUUUAAUACUAACAAAUAGGCCCAGCCUAUGUGAAAGAACAUUUCACACUAAAUGUAUCUAAUAUUGUGUUGGUCGUAUCCAAAUUAUUCAUUGUUUUGUUGGGAAAAAAGGCUAAAAAUAAAUUGCAUAUUAAAUCGCAAUCGCAAUUUUGAAAAAAAAAAAAAAAAAAAUCGCAAUUAGAUUAUUUUCCCAAAUCGUUCAGCCUUACUUUAGACACUUUUGAUAUUCUAGGGAUAAUAAAGUAACCAGAGUGUUGCGACGGCAGUGCACGUGGUUGAUUGUAUUCUGAUAGUAAUUCUCGAGGAUACAAAGGCGCUAGGCCAUUUAAGGCUUUAUAGGCGAUUAGCAAUAUUUUAAAAUGUAUGCAAUAUUUUACUGGUAACCAGUGUAAAGAUGCCAAAAUUGGGCUUGUGUGGUCAUACUUCUUAAAUCGAGUAACACUCUUGCAGUAGCGUUAUUUCCAAGAUGGAAGACUGCUGUGCAGCAGAUGUUGGAGAUAUGACUAUCGAAAGAUAGAUUUCUGUCGAACAUCACACCUAGGUUUUUGACUGUGGAAGAUGGCACAACAGUGCAGCUGUCUACGGGCAACUUGUAAUCGGACAUAUUUAGUUUGGAGCAACUUAAAUCAAUAAUAAGUAUCUCUAUUAUUGAAGUUUAGCAUAAGGAAGUUAUUUGCCACUAAUAUCGCUAAUACAGUCUGUUAGCUUAGAAAACUGGUGGGUUUCGCUGGGAUAAGAGGAGAUGUAAAGCUGGGCAGGGCUUGACAUUAACUUUUUGAGCAACUUGUCCUUCGGACAAGUAAAUUUGCGUUGCACUUGUCCAUGCACAAAAGUCACUUGUCCGGGUAAAGAUUUAUAAUAUAAUGUAUUUUUUGUGUUUUGCUAAUCAGUGGCGGAGCAAGGGAUUUUUCACAGGGGUGGCCAGGUAGGGGCCAGCAGUUACUCUGAUGGCACAUAAAAUCUCUAUCAUCCAACCUUAAAAUACUUUUAAGUGUGUUAAUCAGAAUAAUGUAUAACAUACAACUUCUACAAUACUUUAAUUUUAACUAUAAUGAAUUGAGAUUAACAUACAAUUUAUAGUCAUAAUUCAACCUCAUGUUUUUUUAAACUAUUUAAUCAAAUAAAACUUUUGAAAUUUACUUUGAAACCAGGAUUUAUAUCUCCCAUUGCUGAAAAUACCAUAGAGACCAGAAAAUCUUGUGAAUUUAGGCCACUGAAAUGUAUUUUACUAAGAUUAAUUUGGCUGCUUUUUGCUACUCUUUCUGAAGAAUGAUGCUAUUUUUGCUGCCUUUCUCUUCAUUUUUCCCACAUUUCAAUGAUUGUAGAAAAGUGUCACCUUUAAUAAAUGGACUAAUCCGGUCACCCCUGUUAUUAAGUACGAAAUGGACUGUUCCAAAACGUACCGCUAGAGAGUCUGCACAGUGUCGGAGAAUAGAGCAGGUGAAUGAUAACGGGAAAGGAGAUCGGCUGAAUAGUGUAAAUAGUUAUAGUUUAAAUAAGCAGGAUUGAUUCAAAUCAAAGGAGGUUUUGUGGACUGUGCGUGUGCGUGCAUUAUACUAACCACACAUCUACGCAUAUUUAAUAAAGUCAACGAUUUGAAUACUUUGAGUGAGACAUACUUGUUCUAACCGGACAAACUGUAGCCUUCAACCAAACCCGGACUAGCAAAUUAAGCAAAAUAAUAGAUGAUUUUUCAAUGAUUGUCUGACAUUAAAACACUAAAGCAAAACAUUAAAACAUUACCAUGUUUUAAAAAACGUAUUAGAAUAAAUGUAUCUAGAUUAUCUGUUAUAUAUAAAAAUUAAUCUUAAACCUAGCAUUUACGCUGUAAUGUUCGUGUGGGAUUUUUAAUGAACAAGGUGCGAACUCUGUCAGAUUCAAAUCAGCUGUCGCGCAGCACACACACACAUGCGCGCUGAAAGAGAGAUUCUCAUUAUAAAACAGAUUCUUAAACAAGAUUUUAAGCCCAUUAUGUGUUUUACCGAACGUUAGAAGAGAAAAAAUACGGACUUAAAUCUGCUUUUUGACACACAGUGAAGUCAUUUAUUCACGCCGGAGCCAGAAGCAACAUCACUCUCCACCACUCCACGCGACUCCCACCCCUCUGUGUUCGGCGAUCAGGUUUAAUGCGCGCACAGCUUGUUUAGUAACAAUAAAGGGCUCGUUAUAGUCGUGCGUAGGUCCUACGGCGUAGCCGCGACGGCGUAGGUUCCGCGUCGGUUUUCAUUUAUACUUUUGCGUCGUCGUCCGCGUUGACGUGCAAAUACGCGCGCAGGCCGCUGGUAGGCAGUAACCACUCGUGUAACCACAGUAGCAGCGCGAACGCCAAAGAAGAAGAAACUUUGCAAGUUAAGCCACAAACGAAGAAGAAACAGCAACUUGUUGUGUAUAAUUUGAGAAGACCAGCAAUGAUGGAUGUAAAUAAACAGCGACUUUUGUUGCAGUUUGAGUUAAAUCACUCCUCAACUUGGCCAUUCUUUGUUUUCACCAUCGCAAACGAAAAUACCUAUGACCAGUGUUGGGGGUAACGCAUUACAAGUAACUUGAGUUACGUAAUAAUAUUACUUUUCUGAAGUAACGAGUAAAGUAACGCAUUACUUUUUAAAUGUACACAUUGAUAUUUGAGUUACUUUUUCAAAAAAGUAACUCGAGUUACUUUUUUAGUUUAAUUAAUUUGAUUAAAAAAUAUGUACUGAAUUAAACUAAACGUAUGCACUCUCUGUGCCUGUGUGGAAACAGUUUGAGUCAGAAACUGAGAUGGCAGGCCAGAGCUAAACAUUUUUGUGAUGAAAUAUGCAAUUUCUGAAUGCAGAACUUUUCAGUCAUAAAAACACCUGCAAGGCCUGAAAGAGAUCAAGCUUUAGCCAAGAAAAAGUAACGCAAAAGUAACUAAAAGUAACGUAAGCAUUACUUUCCAUGAAAAGUAACUAAGUAAUGCAAUUAGUUACUUUUUUGGGAGUAACUUAAUAUUGUAAUGCAUUACUUUUAAAAGUAACUUUCCCCAACACUGCCUAUGACGCAGU